AAAACAGGACUGCGUGCGUUUGCUACACGCAGGGCGCAGUCGCGCAGGCUGUUCACCGCGCUGAGCGAAACCACAGCGAAACGAUGAUAUCCGAAGAGGAGGUGAUCCGUAGGAAGCUGCUCAUCGACGGCGACGGCAUGGGGGACGACCGGCGACUCAACAUGCUGCUCAAGGUCUUCCUCAAGUGGUGCACGUCCAACGACGACACCGAGGAAGAGCAGGCGAUCAUAUACGAACGCAUGGUGAUGACUCUGGAGCAGUGCGAGUUUGCCAUCUCCAAGUCGCAGCAGGUGCUGUGCAUGAACCAGGCAGAGAUGAAGAACUACAAGCAGCUGUACAGCGAAAUCGAGAUUGGCAUAGCCAACGCCCAGAAGAAGAUAGUGGCCAACAAGCAGGAACUGCAGAAGGCAAAGAGCAUCCGCAAAAACAAGCAAGAGUAUGACGCUCUGGCCAAGGUGAUUGGGACGCAGCCGGAUCGACGGGGCUCCCUGAGCCAGCUGGAAGCCCUGGAGCGGGAGAUCCGGGCGCUGGACCGUGCCCGGCAGGCUCUGGACAGCCGACUGGAGCAGCGCAGGCGCCAGUUCCACGUCCUGCUCAGCUCCGUCUGCGAGCUGCAGCAGCUGCUCAAGGAUGAGGAAAAUGUGGAGUCUCAGGGCAUGGACACUACUUGACGGACUCCCGCUGCUUUGUAAAUGAGACGUGCAUAAAGCUCUUGAUUUGGAA